AUGGGUAUUCAGAGUUUUUCAUAUUAUGGAGAGACCAAACCAAUAUCCUUAAAGGUACACCUCUUUGACGAGAGAGUCAAGCGUCAUUGCGUAGAGACGCUUGGGUCUUAUGAUUUUGUAUUUCUGCUAACCGUACCUCAAGGAAAAUACUUAAUCCUAUUUUUCCACCCUUUUGUCGAGGGGUGCCGUGCGAGGCGGGGACGGGACGAGCGUGGCCUCUGGCUAGCCGCCCAGGGCACCUACCGCGGACCUGCGCAUUGCCACCAAGGUAACUCAUAA